AUGGUUGCAUUGACAACAGGUGCUAUGAUAUUGAAGCCAAAGGCAUCUCAGUUACUGCAAGAUAUAGUUCUAUAUGGCAAAACAAGGGGGAAGCGAAAAGCACUCACACCUUUGCAAAAAUUGGAAGUUCCCAAGCGAUGGUUUUCUCAUUUCUACUUCGUCGGCAUUCUUGUCAACUUUCCCCUCAUUGUGUUGACUGUGCAGGUUUAUGUCUCUCUCAUGACGCCACCCAAAUUCAUCUGUGAUGCUCUCGAUGUGGUUUUCAUUGGUUCAACCGUCAGAUCAGUGGAUGCAUUUUCCUGUGUGAUCACUCUCAUCCUCGUGUGCAUACAAGUGUCAAGAAGAUGUGUGGAGUGUGUGUGGGUCAGCGUUUAUUCCAAUAGCACUAUUGGUAUAUUGCAGUAUAUUGUUGGCCUAUUGUUUUACACUUUACUUGGGAUGAGUGUGUUGGCUGAAUCUCCAGAAUUGUGUGGUUUUAAAGGUCUGUCAUUAACAUCCAACCACUACCAGAUACAAUGGUUCCAUGCGCUUGGUAUUUUUAUAUUCUUGUGGGCUUCCAGGGAACAGAAUCGACUCCACGUCAUGUUGGCUAUCCUGAGAAAAGUAAAUGCAAAAUCAACCGAUCCAAGCAGUUUCUACCGUCAUCGGAUCCCGCGGGGUAGCUGGUUCGAAUACGUCUCCUGUCCACAUUACACGAUGGAAAUCCUCAUCUACAUUGCCAUGACAACAACACAAGGAUUCGUCAAUAUCACCUUCUUGUGGUUAAGCAUAUUUGUUGUAAUAAAUCAGGUUUUAUAUGCCCAUAUUACGCAUCAAUGGUACUUAGCAGAGUUCUCUCAAGAUUAUCCCAAAAAUAGAUUUGCAUUGAUUCCUCAUGUAUUUUAAAAACAGUUUUUAGAAAGAAAUUAUUUUUAUUAGAAAUUAACUUGUUCUUCAUUACUGUAAGCCUAGAAAAGUUUCUGUGCCUUUUAUUUUUGUGGUUUACAGAUAACCGCAAAAAUAUAAGGCGGGGAAAAGGAAAUCUAAUUUAGAUUUACAGGGUUGUCAAAAUGCUGAAUCAAAAGUACACCAAAGUUACAAUUCCACGAAAUCACAUGGCUGCGAAUAUUUUCGGGUUUUACUGUUGAUAUUCAGAUCCUUUUAAAAUACAAAAAAAAAGGUAUAAAGAGACUCUGAUUGGAAGGCCAAUACUGCUGUUUGGAUAUAUAUCACGUUUUAGCCAUGAAACUCUUCAUUACUUUUUCAUUGCCAAUAUGUUAUGAGAAUGGUGCUAAUUGCAAAAAGAUUCCUUUAUCUUAUUCUCAAGGCAAGCUGCUUAAAACCUUCUCAAACUGCCCAGUUUUCAUUCACAUACAGUUGAGAGUAUACAGUACAAACUCUACAAAACAUACCCCAAAUAAUGACAGGCAGUUGUACAGCGUUAUAACUGAUAUUAAGGUAUGUUUGAAUUUGGGGUUUUCAGACUCUCAAGCACUUCCAUUUCCAUUCUUUGGAUGAAUAUCAUUCAUUGGAUGAAUAUCAUUCAUUGGAUGAAUAUCAUUCAUUGGAUGAACAUCAUUCAUUGGAUGAAUAUCAUUCAUUGGAUGAAUAUCAUUCAUUGGAUGAAUAUCAUUCAUUGGAUGAAUGCUUAGAAUGAUUCCAUGGAUACAUGCUGAUUGUCUGUUGUUUCUAUGUAUGUAAUUUGAAUGACAUUAUUGUGCCAUAAUGUGUUUUAUGUGCUAUGAGGUAUUUGCACAGUGCUCUGAUUCUGGGAAAUUGACCAUAAACGCAAA